CUUCGUUUCCCUUAUUCCCUGUCUGCAACAUCGAAUUGAAUUCCAUGGCGGCUGUGAGAAAAAUAAUUCAGGCCAAUAAAAAUAAAAAUUUGUCGCCAUCUCUUUUUUCUUUUCGCCGAGGAAUUGCUUACAAGCUUUUUGUUGGAGGACUGUCCUUCUGCACCACACAGAAAGCACUGUCAGAGGCAUUUUCCAACUACGGGCAAGUUCUUGAAGCCAAAGUUGUAACAGAUAGGGUGUCAGACAGAUCUAAGGGAUUUGGGUUUGUCACCUAUGCUUCAGCAGACGAGGCUGAGAAUGCCAUAGCAGAGAUGAAAGGAAAGACAUUAAAUGGACGUGUUAUCUUUGUUGAUUAUGCAAAACCCAAUACCAACAGUAAGGGUGCGAUGCCAAUUGCUAGAGGACCUCCUGAACCAACACCAGAAACUUGAUAUUAUGUAUUCUUGAUCGAGAGAGCUGUUGAAAAAUGGUAUCAAUCUUUCUUUCCUCAGCUCUUGCAGCAGUGUAUAUAGAGCCUUUCUUUUACUACAAAGCACUGUUCAGCACAAGUGAUAGGAUUCUUCAAUUAUAAUAGUACAGUCUUUGAGGAUUUUAUAUGGUUAUGAGCAGACAAUAA